UAUAAAGACAUUUUUUUCGACCUUCACAUAUUUUUAUUUUCAUUUCCUUUAACUGCAUAGUUCUUCCUCAAAUUUCUAAUACCUUUGCUUCUCUUUCUUUCUUUCUUCAACCUCUUAUUUCUUCUCCAGCGCCAACGUGUAUCUGCAGUAAACAGUACAUAUCCAUCGAUCGAUCUCCUCAAAAAGUUCUUGUUAUCUUGAAAUCCAACAAGGUUGUUUCUUGUUCUUGAUCAAGCGUAUACAUAUAUAUAGAUGGUGGAAGAAGGCGGCGUAGUUGUGAAUCAAGGAGGAGAUCAGGAGGUGGUGGAUUUGCCUCCAGGGUUUCGGUUUCACCCAACUGAUGAAGAGAUAAUAACUCACUACCUCAAAGAGAAGGUCUUCAACAUCCGAUUCACCGCGGCAGCGAUUGGUCAAGCCGACCUCAACAAGAACGAGCCAUGGGAUCUACCAAAGAUUGCAAAGAUGGGGGAGAAGGAGUUUUACUUUUUCUGCCAGAGGGAUCGGAAGUAUCCGACCGGGAUGAGGACGAACCGUGCGACCGUGUCUGGUUAUUGGAAGGCGACUGGGAAGGACAAGGAGAUCUUUAGAGGCAAAGGUUGUCUUGUUGGGAUGAAGAAAACACUUGUUUUCUAUAGAGGAAGAGCUCCUAAAGGUGAAAAGACCAAUUGGGUUAUGCAUGAAUAUCGUCUUGAUGGCAAAUAUUCUUAUCAUAACCUCCCCAAAACCGCAAGGGAUGAAUGGGUGGUGUGUAGGGUUUUUCACAAGAGCGAUCCUAGUACUACAAUCACUCCUACAAGCCAACUCUCAAGGAUUGAUUCACUUGAUAACAUUGAUCAUCUCUUAGACUUCUCAUCUCUCCCUCCUCUCAUAGAUCCGGGUUUCUUGGGUCAAUCCAGCCCAAGCUUCUCCGGUGUCCGCCAACAACACGACCUCAAACCUGUCCUCCACCAUCCUACAACCGCACCAGUCGACAACACUUUCCUCUCUACCCAAACUUUCAAUUUCCCUUACCACUCGGUCCAUAAUUCCGGAUCUGAUUUCGGUUACGGGGCAGGUUCAGGCAAUAAUGACAAAGGUAUGAUUAAGUUGGAGCAUUCUCUUGUGAGUGUGUCUCAAGAAACCGGUUUGAGUUCCGAUGUGAACACAACCGCAACGCCAGAGAUAUCUUCUUAUCCAAUAAUGAUGAAUCCGGCAGCCAAUGCGGCGGUGAUGGAUGGUAGCAAGUCAGCGUGUGAUGAUCUUGAUGACUUGAUCUUCUGGGAAGAUUUAUAUACUAGCUAAAUUUGGGAAAAGGUUAUUUGUUAAUUGUGAUUGAAGAGUGGCAUAUUGAUUACUUGUUUAGUGUUUUUAAUCGUGUAAUUAGUUCGUAUAUAAUAUACAUGUACAUAAGAUCAUUAGGUUUAUUAGGCCAUUGGACUUUAGUUCGAUGAUUGUUUACUUAGUUUUUAGCUUGAGAAAAAAGGCUGUCAUUGUUUACAUAUAUAUACAUUUAAAUUCUUCGUA